UCCCCUUCCACGUACAUUCAUCGAACAAUCCUCGGCAAUAUACUCAAACAACGACCUUACCCCUUCCCGAAUCGAAACUUCUUAUAUUUUCUGGACAUCCCUUUUCGUCUCAUGUCAUAAGUCGAGCCCGGUAGACGUCUUCGCUCUCUAUCUGGCCCUCCCCUCAUGUCUGCAUGUAAUAUCCGUUCAAGUGAUUUUCAUGAUUCACAUCGGCGAUCUUGUGACAUGACUAUAUCGAAAUUGUUAUAACUGUGUUGGACUUCCGUCAACGGUAGCCAGUUAGCUAGCUAGUUUACUUAUACGUACGUACUCAGUAACCCUACCCUGUCUAGCUAGCUCGAAGCUACUGACCGACUAUAAGCUCUUGUUGUCCUGUUUUUGCUAUUUAAUUAUCACGUCUUGCUGUGCAUGGAGAACAUGGGGGACUGGGAGAGGAAGAAUCUGAUCAACGAGCUGAUACAGGGGAUGGAGCUGGCGAAGCAUCUCCAACUCCACCUCAAUUCCCCUUCUUCUUCAAAUGAAACUCGCGAGGCUUUAGCCGUGGGAAUCUUAGCUUCGUACCAGAAGGCGCUGUCCAUGCUCAGCUGGAGGAGUCCGAUGAUGGGGGAGCCAUCAUCGGCAGUGGGAGCCGGAGUAGGGACCUUCCGCAAGUCCGAAUCGCCACCUUCUUUGAGCGGCGGAAGCCCCCAUAGUGGAGACUCCGAUCGGGAAGUCAGGGACCAAGAGCAUGGGGACGCUUCUAAGAAAAGGAAAGCGGUGGCUAGAUGGACUAAGCAAGUUCGGGUUGGCCCAGGAGUAGAGCUCGAAUGCCCUCUCGAUGAUGGUUAUAGUUGGAGAAAAUAUGGACAGAAGGACAUUCUCGGAGCCAAAUUUCCAAGGGGUUACUAUAGAUGCACUCAUCGCAACAUCCAGGGGUGUCUGGCCACAAAGCAAGUCCAGCGAUCUGACGAGGACCCGAUGGUCUUCGAGAUAACUUACCGAGGAAGACACACAUGCAAUGAACCCGCUCGGGGAAUAAAUCCGCAGACGUCCACACCUGAACAGAACCACCAGCACCAGCAGCAACAUUUAUCACCAGAAAUCCUGCAAAACCUUAGAGGCCUUCGGGUCAUAACCGAGGAUUUGGAUUCCCAGAAUCAGCCACUAUUCCCUCACUUCAACUUCACUCAUACGCAGAGCUUUCUGCCUCCAUUCGUGUCAUCUGGCGGGAACGAUGUAUUGCAGGGGAACGCCGAGCAGAGUAGUUUCCAUAUUUCCGGAUCGGACCACCUCUCCGAGAUUGUUUCUGCUGCUACUUCAAGAACCAACUCGACCACACCCGGGUCGAUUGAUUACAGCAUCAGCGAGUUCAAUCAAAACACUCCGUUUGGCAGUCCCGAUUUCUUCAAAUAAUCCAUAGGGUAACUGGGAAGGUGAAGUAGUUUAGGAAAUUUUCCUAGCAACUAGAGAUAUUCGAAGAAAUCUUCUAGGUUUCGCUCUUUUUUCGUUUUUUUGUUUUCAUUUUUCCCCAGUAGAAAAACAUUAUGCUUUAUCUUCUUCUUUUUUUUUCCCUCCCUUUCUUUUACGCAUCAUGUAAUGGAAGAUAUUUCGAGGUAAGAGACCCCCUUUGUAGACAAUUCUAAAGCUACCGUGACUGUAAUGCUUAAUGAAUAAGAAUUCAACCUAUUGAAUUGA